AUGCGACGAGCAGUUGCUGACGAGGAGGAAUGGGAAGACGUUGCUGCGCCCGAGAUAACGGAACCCGCGUUGUCUGCAACCGCAGAGGUGCGUGGACGUUCACCGGAAGCGUCCCAUGAGCAGGAUUCUGGCGCUUCGUUCGACUCGAAAACGCUGCGCAGCGAGACCGAUGAUGCUUCAAGAGCGCACGUUCUUGCUGCGACCGGUGCUGAAGAAGGCCACAGUCCGCGAACUGAUGCAAAGGAGCGUGACUCUGGAGCGGGCAGCUACGGUUCGCAGGUCGGACCGGGGCGGCUCCCGAGUCCACGCCCUUCUUUGGAGGCCGCAGAGAACGCACAGGAGCUAUAUCAGGAAGCGCAGCGUCUAUCCAAGCUCGUUUACGAACGAGAUCAGCAAGUACAAGCCCAGAGAAAACGUAUACGUGAACUCGAACGUCUUGUCGACUCGGAGCGUAGCCGAGCGAAUAGCACUGCACUCCAGCUGCGAAAGGAGGAAGAGCGCGUUCAGGAAUGCCAGGCUCGUCUCCAGGCACAACUGGCGCAGUUGAAACAAGCAGAAGAGCAACGAAAGCAUUGCGAGCAGGAACACGUCCAGCGGUCUGAGCUGCAGACGCUAGAGACUAGACUUCACGAGCUCCGCGACGAACACGAGGCCGAGCUGCGAAGCCUGACUAGGCGUCUGGCCAUGAAAGCGCAGGAACAGCUUGAAAUAGCCAAGAGUGAGUACAGGGAUCGGCUCGAAGUUCUGCAGUCCCAGCUCGAACAUGUGAAGGCUCUCCUCGAGCGAACACAGCAGGAACAGGGGCGGCGAGAGCGUCAGUGGCGCGAGGAAGUCGCACAAGCUCGUGCGCAUGUGUCUGAGUUGGAACAACAGAAUGAAGAGCUCUCCAGGAGCGUCUCCGAGGCGACGAAACCACUCAUGCGACAAAUUCAGGUACUGCACGAACAACUCCGUCAGCGUAGUGCCGGCGAAGCGACCAUCCAAGAGCGGCUCGAACAGCAGGUUCUCCAGAUCCGAGCAGAACUGGAGGCAGCAAAUGUAGCCCGAGCGGCAUUACUCGAAGAGCAUACGCGACUCGACACACGUGCACGCGAGCUCGAAUGGAAACUCCGUGACUUUGUCGCCUUGGGGUCGACGCUACGCGAACAGCGCGUCGCUGCGGCAAAAGUGCUCAGCCAGAUCCGCACGUGUUGCGCUCAGCUACGCAGGACCCUCUUCACUUUUCGAGAAGACUGGUUGCGGCUUCAGCGUGCUUAUGAGUCUGAGGCACGAGAAACCGCCCACGCUUUGGGCGGCUUGCGGAGAAGGCUUCAAAUCGAACGCAGGCAGCUGAUGACGACGCCCUCUCUCUGCGAAGCCGUUCCGACAGCAUCGCAAAUGCAACCUGGUGAAGCGUCGGCAGUGCAGACAGUUCGCGACACACCAACGGCCUCGUUGGUGGCAGGGGAAACACUUGACAACGUUUCCGCGCCCGAGGACGCAGUGGACGAAAGGCACAGUACGCCUGGCUCUUCAGUAAGUGCUGGAGAGUUGCUGCUUUCGGGCUCGCUACCAAACCUCGUGCAGUGGACGGAAGUUCAGUCGCACCUGCGUCACCGCGCGAAUGUGAUUCGCAGUCUCCAAACGGAACUUAUGCGACGCGAAGACAUUAUUCAGAACUUGACGAGCGAGAUGGCACAACUUAACGAGAAACUUGAAUCACAGGCUGCCCAAGUGAAGCGUCUGGACGAUGAAAUCCGGCGGAUGCAUGAACGCGAGCAGGCCCUUCUCGAGCUGCUCGGGGAGAAAGAGGAGCUCGUCCAGGAACUGCGCGAAGAUAUCGCUGAUAUGAAGGGCAUCUUUCAUGAGCAGCUAGAAGAGCUUGCAAGACAAUUGGAGUCCGCUCGUACAGUUGCGUGCCCUGCAACGUCAACGACAACGAACCCCAGCUCAGAGGUCUAG